UACCCUUCAAGGAAAAAGAUCGUCACCAAGUCGGAUAGUACCGCUGAUUCCUUCUGGGAUAAUACGCCAGCGUCCGGUAUCGGCAUUUCAAUCACUGUUGAAAUGGAUAUACGUCCAACCCCGCAACAGGAUAUCAGCUCGUAUACUCCUAUGGAGAUUAUGGCCAUGGCGUCCAUAAGGAACGCAAACGGUGUCAUAUACCAUUGUCAGGAAAAUGACCCGACGGACUGCGGUGAGCAGGACCUGCGCCGAUUUGGCGCCUAUCGCCGGCCUUCUUUAAACUCAAUUUCAGAGGCAGAAGAAUUUGACAUAUAAUGAGGCUUAGUGCCUUCUCUAUUCGUAUUGCUGUGGAUAUAUUGUAUAUAUCUAUAGUUAUCACGAUAAUACCCUUCCCGCUAAUGACCCGGGUUUAAAUUACGAUUAUACGUACUGGCAGUUCUGCAACUGUGAGCAAUAAACAAACAUGGUAUUUUAAUAGCCAGUUGUGGCUGUUCACCCUGAUAAUGCAAUAUAUAUAAAGCAAGUGGAUGAGCCGGUAUCAAUAUUCGAGACAUUAUUGCAGAUUUAUGUUUGAAUGACGAAUAAAAAGGCGACAUCUCAAACUUAGCUACUUGAUAUCAUUAAAAACAUUAUAACUUCAGAA